AUGUCCAAUACAUCCGCCAUUCUCAGUAUGACGCCGACUAUUCAAGGGCCGGGCUCUGACAAUGUGGAUUUUUCUCCAAGUCAGUUGCUGGAUGAUGACUUUUUACAUGGCCUACCGGACCUCACCAGUUCACAUUACAACACCUUAAAGGAAAUGGGCAAUUGCCAUCUUUCGAUGUCGCCCGAGUUCCGCAUUGGUCCAGAGCCUCUCGAUGUAGGCUUCUGUGGAGCAACAUGGGAACAGCAGCAGCAGCAACAAAUCCACAUUUCCACGCCCAUACUUCUCGAUGAAGGGCUCCCAUACUGUGAGCUGCUUACUCUAGACGACCACGAAUCACGCCACCAUCCGGAUCAGCAACAUGAAGAACCGCUAAUCCCAUCCACGGGUAGUAGUAGUAUUGAAAGCUGCAGCCACUACAUUUCUCCGCAACAAGAAACACAGCUACAGUUUCCCCAUUCCUUAAAUCACGGUACUCUAUCGACAACAUCAUGCAGCUGCGCAUUCGCUCUCCUUGGCCACCUAUCGCAUGCAUCACCUACUUCAUAUCCUGCCUCAACUUCAGCCGGCCUCUCUACGUCUCGAAUAGUCAUAACCAGCUGCCGCAACACGCUGAGAUGCCCCAACGCAUGCUAUAUGCGGCCUUCGAUGGCGCUCAUCAUCUGCGAGGUCAUUGACAGGGCUCUCAUCGCACUCAAACCCGACGGCAUCUCGCUGUGGACGUCAAUACUAGCGCCCAUGCCAAACCACGAAAACGGGACUUCUUCAUCACCCCUAUCAUCUUCGUCAUGCAGUAUAAGUGGCGGUAAGAGUAACAAUGACACUAUGCUUACACCGGUAGAUGACGAGCACGAGCCGCUGCGCUGCGGAACGUUGUCGAUCCGGGGUGUUGAUAGGCGAGUCAUGGUGCGGAUACUACUAAUGAAGCGAGUGCUCGAGGUGCAAGGGGUGCUCGAGCGACUGCGGGACAUACUAGUGUCAGGGCUGCUAGUCAGCGAAAAUGAAACAAUGAAGAAUCAGCUCCUAGCGCUGUCUGCAAAUUUAGUGGGCGAGUUUGCAAGGAAAGUGACGGAGAAAGUGGAGACUAUGAAGCUACAGAUGUAG